AUGGUCUCGUCUUCAUCCUCCUCGUCAGCGCCGGCCUUUGCCCGCGAGCUGCGGGUCGCGCAGCUGGCAGUGCAGCGCGCCUCGCUGCUCACCCGGCGCGUCUUCCGCGAAAAGGCAAAGGGCACCGUCGACAAGGACGACAAGUCGCCCGUCACCAUUGGCGACUUUGGCGCCCAGGCCCUCAUCACGGCCGCCCUGCGGCACAAUUUCCCCGCCGACGAGAUUGUGGCCGAGGAGGAGGCGGCGCGGCUGCGGCAGGACGCUGGGCUGCGCGAGCAGAUCUGGAACCUCGUCCGUGACACCAAGCUGGAUGACGACAAGGCCGAGCGCGAGGUCCUGGGCGGGCCCGUCAAGGAUGCCGAGACCAUGCUGGAGCUCAUUGACCUGGGAAACAGCAAGGGCGGCUCGCGCGGUCGCAUCUGGACCAUCGAUCCCAUUGACGGCACAAAGGGCUUCCUGCGCGGCGGGCAGUACGCCGUCUGCCUCGGCCUCUUGGUCGACGGCGACGUCAAGGUCGGCGUCCUCGGCUGCCCCAACCUCCCCGUCGACGACGCCGCGCGCCUGACGGCCGACAUCGGCGCCAACCAGACCGACGACGACAGCCACGGCGUCCUCUUCUCCGCCGUCCAAGGCCACGGCGCCUCCAGCCGGGCCCUUGCCCAGUCGGCCGGGGCGCCGACGGACAAGCCCAUCGCGAUGCGGCCCAUCCGCGACCUGGCCGAGGCCACAUUCUGCGAGAGCUUCGAGGCCGCCCACUCUGCGCACGACGACCAGGCCCUCAUCUCCCAGAAGCUCGGCAUCACCCGCCCCAGCGUCCGCAUGGACAGCCAGGCAAAGUACGGCUCCAUUGCCCGCGGCGCCGGCGACAUCUACCUGCGCCUCCCCGUCAAGGCCACCUACCAGGAGAAGAUCUGGGACCACGCCGCCGGCGACCUCAUUGUCCGCGAGGCCGGCGGCCACGUCACCGACAUCCACGGCAAGAGGCUUGACUUUGGCGCCGGGCGCACCCUCGCCAACAACAAGGGCGUCGUCGCUGCCCCCGCGGCCAUUCACGCGACCGUCUUGCAGGCCGUGCAGGGGGUCCUCGAGAAAUAG